CAAGGCGGAGUAAGUGUUGUUGUUUCUUGUUCCAGGCCAGAAUUUAGACCCAGUAGUUUCAGAAGAGAAGAGAGGAGAGUCUGAUAUAGACGGUUGAGGGGCCACACACUCCUGGGAGCAUUUUUGGGAUUAUUUUCGCUCUGACUCGAUUUUUAUAAAUUUCUUCAAGGUUUUAUUUGAACAAAGAAAGAAGCAGCUUCUGGGCUCUAGAACAGCGCAGUAUUUGUUUUAAGGUGACUUUUGGACCCUAUUUGGAGGACUCUCGCACCCCUCCCCCUGUCAGUCCUCUGGCUAUUGGGAAGAUUGAGUUUGCUGUUAACCUAUUUAGGAAUGCGAGGAGUAAAAGUGAAAAGUUUAUCUCAGCUUCUUGCUGGUGAGCAGAACGGAAAACAAGCAGGGAAUUAGCUCCAGACCUGUGCUGACAGCUGAUAUGAGCCACAAUUUAAAUUGAUUUGAUUUGGCCCGUUGGUAAACUCAUAUGCUUUCUGAGAUGGGCUCCUAACAGGCAUCAUUCUGCCUUUUUAGGUGUGUUUACACAGAGUUAUGUGAACUUUAUCAGAAAAAAAAGGACAUAUCCCCACUGCAGGGACCAGAUCAGUUGAGUUUUCUGCUUUUCAAUGAAGGCACUACUUUAUCAUAACAGGUUCUUCUUCUCAGGAAUUGCGUGGACACAAACCAGCCCUAACAUUUGCGCGAAAACCUGUUAUUGACCGUGCAGAACUUGAAUGAAUCCCUCGUGUCUCUGCUAGAUGCAGUAGGUGUAACUUGGUUCUGCUUUUGUGGACCGAUUGUUCUCACAAGGUGUACCCUCACAAACAGUACCAAUAGACAUUGGACAUUCACAUUCAACCAGGACAGGCCACAUAAAUGUUGCGGUCCAUUCUGUUCAUCCCCUGUCAUCUGAAGGCUGUUGCAUCUCUGAAUUCCACCGGUACCUUUGGCUCUUUGAAGUAGUUGGCACAAUGAUGAACAAAGACUCUCGCUUCCCCAGGAAAGCUGUGCAUAGCAACACCUCCUCUCGAAGGCACUCAUGCAUUGGUUUUGAUGUUGAGAAUGGAUUGUCGGUGGGGCGUAGCCCUCUGGACCCCCAGGCCAGUCCCGGCUCCGGCCUGGUACUCCAGGCCAACUACGCCCACAGCCAGCGCCGGGAAUCUUUCCUCUACCGCUCCGACUCUGACUUUGACCUCUCACCCAAGGCCCCCUCGAGGAACUCCUCCACUGCCAGUGAGCUGGAAGAAAGCUUGAAGCACUGGGAAGUCAACUGGUUGUCUCGACAUGGAGAAGACAUGAUUGUGACACCAUUUGCACAGGUACUUGCCAGUUUGAGGACGGUAAGAAGCAACUUCGCCGUUUUGACCCACCAGCAAGAUCGUCAACCCAGCAAAAGAACUGGCAGUAACCCACCAUCCAUGUGCAAGACAACCUUGGCAGGUGUGACAGAGGAGCCGUUCCAGCAGCUGGCCGUGGAGACUCUGGACGAGCUGGACUGGUGUCUGGAGCAGCUGGAGACUCUGAAGACACGCCACUCUGUCAGCGAGAUGGCCUCCAACAAGUUCAAGAGGAUGCUGAACAGGGAGCUUACUCAGCUAUCAGAGACCAGCAGAUCAGGGAACCAGGUGUCAGAGUUCAUCUCCAGCACCUUCCUAGAAAAGCAACACGACAUGGAGAUCAUGUCUCCGCCCACCAAGGAGAAGACGGACAAGAAGAAGCGCCCCAUGUCCCAGAUCGUGGGGGUAAAGAAGCCUAUCCUGAUCCCCAGUGUGGCCCCCUCCAGCAUUCCCCGCUUCGGGGUCCCUUCCAGUCAGGAGAGCCUCCUUGCCAAGGAGUUGGAAGAGAUAAACCAAUGGGGUGUGGAUAUUUUCAAAAUAUCUGAAUAUUCUGCGAAUCGUCCACUGACAGUGGCGAUGUAUUCCAUUUUCCAGGAGCGAGAGCUGCGGAAGUCCUUCAAGAUCCCUGCAGACACCUUCAUCACCUUCAUGAUGACACUGGAGGACCACUACCACCACGACGUGGCCUACCACAACAACAUCCAUGCUGCAGAUGUGGUCCAGUCCACCCAUGUCCUUCUCUCCACCCCCGCCCUGGAGGCUGUGUUCACUGACUUGGAGAUCUUGGCUGCUUUGUUUGCCAGUGCUAUACAUGAUGUGGACCAUCCGGGGGUGUCCAAUCAGUUCCUCAUUAACACCAACUCAGAGCUGGCCCUGAUGUAUAAUGACGUGUCAGUCCUGGAGAACCACCACCUGGCUGUGGGCUUCAAGCUGCUGCAGGAGAACAACUGUGACAUCUUCCAGAACCUCAGCAAGAAACAGAGACAGUCCCUACGCAAGAUGGUCAUAGACAUGGUGUUAGCCACAGACAUGUCCAAACACAUGAACCUGCUGGCGGACCUGAAGACCAUGGUGGAGACCAAGAAAGUGACCAGCUCUGGAGUGCUGCUGCUGGACAACUAUGGAGAUCGCAUCCAGGUCCUCCAGAACAUGGUUCACUGUGCUGACCUCAGUAACCCCACCAAGCCCCUGGAGCUGUACCGCCAGUGGACCGACCGCAUCAUGGUGGAGUUCUUCACCCAGGGGGACAGGGAGAGGGACAAGGGCAUGGAGAUCAGCCCCAUGUGUGACAAACACAACGCCUCCAUCGAGAAGAACCAGGUGGGCUUCAUAGACUACAUCGUUCACCCUCUGUGGGAGACGUGGGCCGACCUGGUCCAUCCCGACGCCCAGGAGAUCCUAGACACGCUAGAGGACAACCGAGAGUGGUACCAGAGCAUGAUCCCCCACAGCCCCUCGCCUACGCCCGAGGCCCAGGACAAGGUGGGCCUGCCUGGGGGAGCCAUGGGGUCCGGAGGGGGUGGAUCUUCCAUCGCAGACAAAUUCCAGUUUGAGCUGACCCUAGAGGAGGAAGGCGAGUCCGACACAGAGAGCCCCCCAGAAGAGGAGGAGGGGUUCAGUAGCACUGGGGCGGAGCCUUCUAGAACUGACCCGGACAGCAGACUCCAUUCCGUGUCUGCCACUGCUCACCCACACUAUCAGGGGCUUUCCAAAAUGGCCACCUCUGUCCUCAAUCUCGGUGGCACGACUUUGUCCACCGACUCUGACCCAGACAAGGAGGCAGCCGAAGACAAAGAACAUGACCAAGAAGGUAAUGCCGGUGUGAGGCGCUUCAGGCUAGGUACAUAACACCAGUGCAAUGUUCUUUUUUGUUAGUUUUUUUUGUUGAUUUUCUGUGCCUCCCCCUGAACCCUUUACCCCCCCAUCUUUGGCUUCCUUGGACUGAAUGCAGGACAAAGCUGAGGUAGAGAACGUAAAGGGGGUGCGUUCAGGAAGUCUGCACUUACACAGCAGUCACCUUGCACUGGAGAGAGGAGAGCCCCACGGUUCCUAUUAGUUAGGUUGCAGAGAACAGGAAACCGUGCUUUUGAGCUGGUCUUUUGUGUUUUACCGAUAUGUUUCGGAGUUGAACAUGCGUCACCGUGUUUGGCUUACGUUUUUCAAGAGACGCUGAGGUAACCAACCUUCCUGUUUUGACAGCCAGGUCUACGACGAAGGAGCGAGGAAUUUUGCGGGGACACGUCUUCCUUUUGACUACUUAUGACUGCUUGAAACAAUUGACGGCGCGUUGAACUUAGUAACAACAAAUGCCAUAAUGUCUUUUGAGACUUUAUGCCACACAGCGCAAUAAACAGGAAUUUGGCCAAUGGCAAUGUUUGCCUGCCUUCACAACUGUUGAUGAUUUGAUAUUUUAUUCAAGGCCUUUCAAAAGAGUGCAGAAAGUGGUUUUUACUGGUCAACUGCAGACCUUACCAGAUAUGUACCACAAAAGGACAAAGUACAGAGCAGGCCUUCAGAAUGGUUUGAGGAAGAGAUUGUUUCAAAUGCAGCAGCAACACUUUUUGGGUACCACUGUUGCAACUGCUACUAGGUGCCUCGCAUGGGGUCUUGUGCUAAGAUUGACUGAAGCAGCAGCACUACAGCAGCAUUACAAACUCUAAAACAAUUGGUUUAGGGUCCGUUCUUCCUCACACAGUCCUAACCCGACCCGUUACGUGUACACCUACAAAACGAACCCUGAGCCAGUCGUUGUCGGGGCAUAAAAGUAAGACAAAGCUAUGCUGUUUGCACCUGGCGCCUCCCAGUGUUGAAAUUCGGGAAUUGAAGUCAGCCCGUGUAAUACAAUUCAAGGCAUUGAAAAUGCCCAUGCCUACUGUAAAUUGACUAUUGGUAUGUUAAUUGGAUUGGGUUUAGUUAUGGUUUUAUUGUACCCAAAGCACUUUGGGUUAAGACUUCAGUUAAGACUUCAACCCUUUUCUGUAUGAUUUUAUUUCUUGAACGUCACUCAAAGUGUAAACACACGGCUCUAUGCUGUAAUUGUGUGUGUAUCGUUAACCUCUUUACGGCACCCAUUUUCAUCAGUCUGCCUCCACUUUUAGCACUUUUACAAUUGAACUCACAGCCAAUGUCCUGCUUGAAAGGGCUUGUGCCAAUCCAUGAACACAUUGGAGGACGGUGUGACCAGCACUUACAUAGCCUGGCACAUUAGGAGAACUGGUUGUUUUUUGGGGGGAACCUGGACUAAGAUAAGAACUGUUUGACAGUAGGUCUGUGGACAAUGCCCUUUCAAGUCCAUUAUUGUUGUUACAACACAGUAGGUCUCACGUUUCCCACAGGUAACAUCACCACUGGUCACAUUUUCCACCAGUUGAAUUACCAAAUAAGAUACAUUGGUAGCAUGUACUAUGUCAUCUGGGUUUGUGAAGAAAAGGUUGUAAUAUUUGCCAAACUAUUUCAGAGAUGUGUGAAAGAUGUGCCACUCAAGCGCAAUUCUGUCAUGGGCCAGUUCUCUGUGCCAGAAUGUUUCCCCCCCUUUCCCUUUGUCAUUGGUCAAUAUUCUGCUCUUCACAGGGACAAAGCCAAUGACAGUACAAGUGCCAGGCAAGCAUGACACAAUUCGUACUGUAAUUUCCAUUUUGCCCCUGGCUAGUUUCCAUCAAUGACUGACUGACAGCAUUGUUGAUCACGUCUCCCUCCCUGUGCACUCGUUCUGUCCAAAUAGGUUUUCGGUUUCAGAACAAUUAAUCCCCCGAUAACUGUACUUGUCUUAAAGUAAGUGGUAUGUUUGAAUGGUUGGACGUUUUGAUGAAUUGAAUUUGUAAAGAAACCAAAGCACUCUGUAUGGUACUUUCACCAGUCUCUGCACUUCCAGCACAGUUGAGUGUAAUGUAACUUGACUCAUCCACGUUAGUUUUCUGUCUGUAUUCUGGUAUUAUACGGCCUGAUUAUUACAAUUGAUUCACAGCACAGGCUGGACCACUGCAGCUGAAAUAGGGGACUUGUUAGGUUAUGGAAUUUAACCUUUUUGUAACUAACCACAAUAUAUUUUGAUAAAUAUACUUUUUUUUUUUUUUUUGCUGCAAGAUUCAUAAGGAGAGUUUUCAAGUAACUAAGAUAAACUCAUCUGUGGAUGAAACACAAACGUUUAACCGCCAUCGUGGAGUACAUUUAUGUUGUGUUUUUACGAAAGAUCUAGAAAUGACACUUUCUGGAGCCUUAUAUUUGCAUAUGUUUUCUUUCAGCCUAGAUUUGAUAUAAGGUGGAGAGAAUCCAGUGUCAUGCAUAACGUAGCUAAGGAGCACAAACAGUCAAGAACUCAAGCAAGCCUUUCUGCCUUCCUCAGCUGUCAUGCAACAACAAAAAGUUCACCAGCCCUCGCAAUGACUGUCUAACAUUUAUUGUUUUGUAUAUUUCAUUUAUUGUUUUGUAUACUUUCCUCACAAUGCUUUGUGUACAGUUUAUUUAUUAUUUCUAUAUAUAUGUCCGAAAUGAAGAACUAUAGACUUUGUCGGAGGCGGAGUAUUUAUUUGUAGCUACCUUCUGAGCUUUGGGAGAGAAAAAAAAAAUGGGACAGAUUUCAACUACAGAACUCAACCAAAUGUUUAAGUUUUCCUAUGUCUGCCAUUAAAGAAAGCAAAAAUACUCAAACUUUCAGGAUUUUCUGGAUAACAUUAGUAGAGUAGGAGAUCCCAGUUUCAGACACGCCGUUCCUAUGUUUCUCUCCUGAACAGGUCUCAGUUUCCCAAAAGCAUCUCAAGGCUAAAUGGAAAUUAGCGUUAUGAUGCUUUUGGGAAACUUGGCCCAGAACACCUGUCUGCAGUCUCGACAAUCCAAACACAACUGUUUACUACGGGUUUCUAAGCGCUUACUGUUACUGUAUGCCUGUCCACCUUUUCAAUAAAGGAGUCUUCAUGCUUUUGA